AUGACUCUCUUUAUCCUACCAAACGAGCUUCUCCUAGCGAUAGCAGAGACCCAAGACUGCCAAAAGGACAUAAAUUCAUUUGCGAGAACCAGUCGUCGCUGUUAUAUCCUCCUGAACCCCUUUCUCUAUGCCUACAAUGCCCGACAACACCAAGGGAGUGCACUCCAUUGGGCAGCAAACCAGGGACAUCUAAGAACAGCCGAAGAAUCACUCCGACAAGGAGCAGAUAUCGAAUCGAGGCACAAGAAAACAAAAAAAACGCCACUGAUACAGUCCGCUCAAUGUGGCCAUGCACAUAUUGUUUCAUUGCUAUUGGCACAUGGAGCCAAUCCGCACGCCAAAGGCGGCCAGGGGACCAAAGACCCAAUCACCUCAGCCGUGCUUCGCAACAGAGCAGCCGUCGUUAGCAUUUUGCUUGACAACGGCAUUGAUGUAAACUUGACGGGCUACAAGGGCAGCCUAUUGCAUCUUGCAGCUGAAAAAAGCCACAAGAGCCGCGAGGAAGUGGCGAGAGUUCUUAUUGAGAAAGGCGCCAACCUGGAAUCUACGAAUGACGUGAAAGAGACUCCGUUGCAGGUGGCGUGUGAGUCUGGCUCCGUGGAAGUGGCCCGAUGUCUGAUAGAAAGUGGUGCCAACUUGGAUGCACGGGGUAUAACUCUACAUGAACGGUCGCUCCUGCAUCUGGCAUCCUCCAUGAAUAUCAACACCACCAAGUUAUUGGUGGAGAAAGGAGCCGAUCUCGAGGUGCGAGACAAGAAUGGCGAGACACCACUGCAUCUGGCAUGCUGGUUUGGCCGGGUAGAAACUGCCGCGUUCCUGCUGGAUCAGGGUGCAGAUAUAGAGGCAAGAUCGUCAAAUGGGAACACGCCAUUGCUGCGGGGGUUACUCUGGGAGUGCAGUGUAAGCAGGGACCUGGGGCCGACCUCUAUGACUGCUCUCCUGCUGGAACGGGGGGCCAAUCCAGGACGGGGAAAUAAUAUCAACAUCACACCAUUGCAUUGUGCGACGUCGAAAGCAGAUUUGGGGCUUUUUAAGAGAUUACUACAGUAUGGUGCCGACCUGGAGCCUAAAACUAGACUGGGAGUGACGCCGCUGCACAAACUAGCGUGUUCUGGCGCUCUGGAGUCUGCAAGGCAUUCGUUGCAAAAAGGCGCUGAUGUACAACCAAGAGAUGGAGAAGGCAAUACGCCAUUGCACCUGGCAGCGCAGAAAAACGACGUGGAAUUUGUCAGGUUGCUGCUAGAUGCAGGUGCUGACCGACUGAUCAGGAACCACAAGGGUCAAUUGCCUUUUGCCUGUACAUCUAGCAGCAAAAGGAACAGCUAA